AUGCAAUCUUCAAGCGGUGGUGAUAACGACUUCGGUUCACUCCAACAAUUUUUGAACCCCUCCCUUGUCUCUCACCACCAGCACCACCCACACACUUUACUGGCUCAAGGACUCGAUCAAGUUCCGUUUCCGAGCUCAUCAUCGAUGCAACCAAGGCCAGUUGGUGAACUUAAUGGUGUUGUCAAGAAUCCCAAGAAGCGAACUAGGGCGUCAAGGAAAGCACCCACUACGGUUCUCACCACUGACCCAACCAAUUUCAGAGCCAUGGUGCAAGAAUAUACUGGAAUUCCUACACCACCAGGCUCAUCAUCAUUUUCUCGAAAGCUCGAUAUUUUUGGCUCUGGUUCAUCAGGUACCCGGUCGUCCACUCACUUGGAACCUUUACGUCCCUCGGCUAAAAGGGUUCAGCCUGCUGCAUCUUCAUUAUUAAACAAUAUUCCUUUAGCUGAAGCUUCUAAUAUGUUAAACUUUCAAGCCCAGAUUCUCCAGCCUCCACUUCAGCCUUCUCUUAAUUUGCCUGGUUGUUCAGCUUCAGCUUCUUCAACAAUGGCUUCCCUCGAUGGUGUGAGUGGGAACCUCGGUGGCUCACAUGGAAACUGGAGAGGUGGGGUUGGAUUAAACGAUGGGAACCAAGAUCAUUUCAGGCCGUUUGAUGGGAUUUACGGUAAUACUUCUCAGAGACUGAACAGUUUCAAGUCGAAUUACUCUUCAAUAUCGGAUUUCCAACAUGAAAAGGGACUGGAAAACGUUUCAUCCAGAGCUCAAGGUACAGUUGAUUCAUGGAUUUCUCCUGCAGACUAG